CUAGCUCCCUCCUUCAUCGGAUUACAAAACCAUUUCUAUCUCUCUCUCUCUGCAACAAUGGCUGCGUUUGUUCUAUCUCUCCUCAUACUCUCCUCCUUCUCAGCCAUUUACGCAGAUUCUGGAAUGAUCGGAGUUAACUACGGCCGUAUAGCUAACAACCUCCCAACACCGGAGAAAGUAGUCCAGCUUCUCAAAUCUCAAGGAAUCAACCGCGUCAAGCUUUACGACACAGAUACAUCCGUCUUAACCGCACUCGCCAACUCCGGUAUCAAAGUCGUCGUCUCUCUCCCCAACGAAUACCUCGCCUCCGCCGCCGCUGAUCAGAAGUACACCGACGACUGGGUUCAGCAAAACAUCAAUAAAUACAUCCCCGCCACUGAUAUCGAAGCCAUCGCCGUCGGUAACGAAGUCUUCGUCGAUCCCAGAAACACCACCAAGUAUCUCGUUCCAGCUAUGACCAACGUUCAAAGCUCUCUCGUCAAGUUCAGUCUCGACAAAUCCAUUAAGAUCUCCUCGCCCAUUGCUUUGAGCGCCUUGGCGAGCUCCUACCCACCGUCCGCUGGUUCUUUCAAACCGGAGUUAAUCGAACCGGUUAUUAAACCGAUGCUCGAUCUCCUCCGCAAGACGUCCUCGCAUAUCAUGGUCAAUGCUUAUCCCUUCUUUGCUUACGCAGCUAACGCCGAUAAGAUCUCGUUGGACUACGCUCUGUUUAAAGAAAACGCCGGAAAUGUUGAUUCCGGUAACGGAUUGAAGUACAACAGUCUCUUGGACGCUCAGAUCGACGCCGUUUUCGCCGCUAUGUCCGCCGUUGGAUUCAACGACGUUAAGCUCGUGGUGACGGAGACAGGCUGGCCUUCUGCCGGAGACGAGAACGAGAUCGGCGCUGGUUCGGCUAACGCGGCGGCGUAUAACGGAGGGUUAGUGAAGAGAGUGUUGACGGGAAACGGAACGCCGUUAAAACCGAAGGAGCCGCUUAACGUUUACCUGUUCGCUCUCUUUAACGAGAAUCAGAAAACGGGUCCGACUUCUGAGAGGAACUACGGGCUGUUUUACCCGAACGAGAACAAAGUGUACGACGUUUCGCUCUCCGGUAAGUCAACACCGGUCAACGACGAGAAAGAGAAGGUUACGCCGGUGAAGCCGUCGCACGUGGGACAGACGUGGUGUGUGGCGAACGGGAAAACGACGAAGGAGAAGCUUCAGGAAGGUCUCGACUACGCUUGCGGAGAAGGUGGUGCUGAUUGCCGUCCGAUUCAACCGGGUGCCACGUGUUACGAUCCUGAAUCGUUAGAAGCUCACGCUUCGUACGCGUUCAACAGUUACUAUCAGAAGAACGCACGUGGUACCGGCACGUGUGAUUUUAAAGGUGCAGCGUACGUGGUCUCGCAACCUCCUAAGUAUGGGAAAUGCGAGUUUCCAACAGGGCAGUGAAGUGGAUAUGAAGAAACAAGUGAUCGAUCGUGCGGAUUUGUUUAAUAGCAUUUUUACGUUUUCUAUUUAAUACAUUUGUUUUGUCAUUCGAGUAUAUGAUUAUUUAUUGAGAUUAUAUGCGUAGAAUUAUUGUAUAUCUGAUUGGUUUCCUAGUAUUAAUAUAGUCUCUUUUCUUCAACU